AUACAAGUCAUACUGUGAACACAUGACUCAAUGCGUGGAGUGGAGUGGACCAAACCCUUAUUAUUCAUUUCAUUAUUUUACACACACAUAGUAUAGUAUAGUAUAGACAAAUUUUGCACACAACCACACAUUCACGCGUUGACAUGUGUAGAAUUCAAAAAAGAGCAGCUUGACGUGUACCACGUUUUAUGUAUCUAUAGUUUAGUAUUUGUUUAGUAUAGUAGAACAAACAAACUGUGUUGAACCAACCGAUGAGUAUAUAAAUAGCAGAGCACACUUCUUUAGUUCAUUCAUAGCAGAGCACAAGUUUAUUACAAAACAACACAAAUUAGUUCAAAUCAAAUGGCUUCUAAAAAUGGCUUAUACAAUGCAAGUGAGCUUUUCCAAGCUCAAGCACACUUGUACAAAGUCAUGUACAGCUUCCUCAAUCCCAUGUCUGUCAAAUGGGCCAUUGACCUUAAAAUACCAGAUAUCAUCCACAAUCAUGCCCAACCCAUUACUCUUUCCGAGCUUGUUUCAGCUCUUAAAGUUCCACAAUCCAAACAAACAUGCGUCCAACGAUUCAUGCGAUUAUUAGCACACAUUGAUUUCUUUGCAAUUGUCAAAAUUCAAGACAACCAAGAAAGAUAUGCUCUUACUCCAACAUCACAACUUCUUGUCUCUGGCACUGAUCAUUGUUUAUCUUCCAUGGUUCGGUUACUAAACACUCCCAUUCUCGUUGAUUCCUACAAUCAUUUGGCGAAAUGGACUUCUGGGGAGGAUCUCACAGUUGUUGAGACUGCAUUAGGCCCCGAAAGUUAUUGGGAUUUUAUUCAUCAAAAUUCUGCAUACUUGAAUACUUUUAAUGAGGCUAUGGAAAGUGAUUCUCAUGUCGUGAGGUUGGCUUUGAGAGAUUGUAGGUCUGUUUUUGAAGGGAUUGGUUCGUUGGUCGAUGUUGGUGGUGGAACUGGAAACACAGCUAAAAUUAUAUGCGAGGCGUUUCCAGAGCUCAAGUACAUUGUCUUGGACCUUCCACAGGUUGUUUCUGGUUUAUCAGGAAGCAAUAACUUGAGUUUUGUUGGUGGAAACAUGUUUAAAUCUAUCCCACAAGCUGAUGCCGUUAUGCUCAAGUGGGUUUUACACAAUUGGAGUGAUGAAGAUUGCAUAAAGAUACUAAAAAAUUGCAAGAAUGCUAUAUCAAGAAAAGGGAAAGGAGGAAAAGUGAUCAUCAUAGAUGUAGUAAUAAAUGAAAAAGAAGAUGAGCAUGAAAUGACAGAAGUAAAGCUUUUACUUGAUGUGACUAUGAUGACCAGUCUCAAUGGAAAAGAGAGAAAUGAAAAGGAAUGGAAGCAACUUUUCUUACAAGCUGGAUUCAAAUCUUACAAGAUAUUCCCCACAUUUGGUUUUAGAUCUCUAAUUGAGCUUUAUCCUUAAUCCAUGUUGAUGUAACUUUGCUGUUUUAUAUUAAUAUUUAUUGUACUAAAGUAGCCAUUCAUAUUUAAUUCAUGUGAAAGUGGUUUUAGAUCUCUAAUUGAGCUUUUAGUUGAUUGCUGCUUCAA